GUGUAAGCCGGGCGUGUGUGCGCGCAGUCCGCGCGCUGAGUGUGGCCGCCGGGACCCAGCAGCCCGCCGCCCGCCCGGUGUCCCUCCUUCCCAGCUCCUCAGCCACCUCACCGGGGCCUUCCACCACCCAUCCCUUGGCUUUGCAGCCUCCUCUCAAAGUUUCCUUGGCGCAGAAGCUUAGGCGCAACGGCAGGAGCCAAGACGCCUUGGUGGUGGAGCGCGAUCCUCGGCGUGGCUCUACUGCCAGCACCUGCUCUGCACCGAACCCGCUUGAGCGCAGGUUUUCUUUCCACUUGGCGGGAGCAGGGGGAGGGGUGCGGUGGUGAGAAUCGGAGAGGAGCCCCGGCUCCUGACGGCUACCCAGCUUGGCUACCCAACGCAUUUGUGGGGUCACGGAAGAAAACUGGAUCUGCAGCCAAGUUGCCUGAGCAGGGACAGGGAAGGUUUCCACGGCCAUCCAAGGUUGUCCCUGUAUCAGUCGCCACAGGCGCGUAGGUUUGGAGACACCUAGACUGUCAGGGCUUUAGAACCGACAUUCCCUCCCUGACCCCUUUGAAAGGAAAAGCUGACAGAGCUGAGGCAGGGGGACGCCUGGAAGAAGCCCUGAGAUGCCUGUGAGCUUCAUCCUCCUUGGCUUUGGAUUUUAAGGACACGAAGGGGCAUGAACAACAUGUCAAGGAAACCUGAUGAUGAUGGUUUCAAGAUGUAGAAUCCUUACAUGUGAAGUAUCCCAAAUGAAGUUGAGGAAUCUGGAUUGAAAGUGCAUCAUAUUGUGGAAUUGGAGAGUGACACAGGAAGACAGCAUCAUGAGUUCUUGGGGCUUCUAAGCUACUCUGGAUUUUUAACAUACGAGCAUAGUGAACUAAUCAUAAAAAGAGGUUCUAAGAUCAAGAGUGCAGGUGGCGACCAGCAUGAGGAGCCCAGUUCAUGUUGAUGAAGUGAAAGAAGCAAAAUGCAGUGUUCAAGGCAUGUUUCAAGCACUUAGCUGGUGGGACUCUGAGAGAUGCUGCCGCCCGUGACAUGGUGGAGUUAUCAUGAUCACCGACUCAGUUCGGAUUUCACCCAGUGACCAUGAGCUCUGUCUGGUAGACGACAGCAGGGGUUGGACUUUUAAAGAGGAGCAAACCAGGAGGAACACAAUGAAGUAAAGAUCAGAUCAUGAGCAUCCUUUCUGUGAAGGAGGGUAAAUGAAAACCAUCAAAUCUGCAACCUGGGGAUGGUUCAAUGGAUAAGAAAGCUUGCAGAGGGAACAAGAAGACCUGAAUUCAAAUUGCCAGCACCCACUAUACCACUCCCACUAUUCCUUCUACACAGUUCUUUUAAAAGACAAGCAACAGACAGGCCCGUAACCAAGGUGUAGACUAAGAAGUGGAGUCAUGCUUCACACGGCUAUACCAUGCUGGCAGCCAUUCCUGGGUCUGGCUGUGGUGUUACUCUUAAUGGGAUCCACCAUUGGCUGUCCUGCUCGCUGUGAGUGCUCCGCCCAGAACAAAUCCGUUAGCUGCCACAGGAGACGCUUGCUGGCGAUCCCAGAAGGCAUUCCCAUUGAGACCAAAAUCUUGGACCUGAGCAAAAAUCGACUAAAGGGCAUAAACCCCGAAGAGUUCAUCUCAUAUCCGCUGUUGGAGGAGAUAGACUUGAGCGACAACAUUAUCGCCAAUGUGGAGCCUGGGGCAUUUAGCAAUCUCUUUAACCUGCGUUCCCUCCGCCUAAAAGGCAAUCGCCUUAAGUUGGUCCCUUUAGGAGUAUUCACGGGACUGUCCAACCUCACCAAGCUUGACAUUAGUGAGAAUAAGAUUGUCAUUUUGCUGGACUACAUGUUCCAGGAUCUGCAUAACCUGAAGUCUCUAGAAGUGGGGGACAAUGAUUUGGUUUAUAUCUCACACAGGGCCUUCAGCGGACUACUAAGUUUGGAGCAGCUCACCCUGGAGAAGUGCAACUUGACAGCGGUACCAACAGAAGCCCUCUCCCAUCUCCGCAGCCUCAUCACCCUGCAUCUGAAGCAUCUCAAUAUUAACAAUAUGCCUGUGUAUGCCUUUAAAAGAUUGUUCCACCUGAAAAACCUAGAGAUCGACUAUUGGCCUUUGUUGGAUUUGAUGCCAGCCAAUAGCCUCUAUGGUCUCAACCUCACGUCCCUUUCGAUCACCAACACCAACCUAUCCACUGUCCCCUUCCUCGCCUUUAAACACCUUGUAUACCUGACCCACCUUAACCUCUCCUACAAUCCCAUCAGCACUAUUGAAGCUGGCAUGUUCUCUGACCUGAUCCGCCUACAGGAGCUUCAUAUAGUGGGGGCCCAGCUCCGCACUAUUGAGCCUCACUCCUUCCAAGGGCUCCGCUUCCUCCGUGUGCUCAAUGUAUCUCAGAACCUGCUGGAAACAUUGGAAGAGAACGUCUUCUCCUCCCCUAGGGCUUUGGAGGUCCUGAGCAUUAACAACAACCCACUAGCCUGUGACUGCCGACUCCUCUGGCUCCUGCAGCGACAGCCCAACCUGCAGUUUGGGGGCCAGCAGCCCAUGUGUGCCGGGCCGGACACCAUCCGUGAGAGAUCAUUUAAGGAUUUCCAUAGCACUGCUCUUUCUUUUUAUUUUACCUGUAAAAAACCCAAAAUCCGUGAAAAGAAGUUACAGCAUCUCCUCGUGGAUGAAGGGCAGACGGUCCAGCUGGAGUGCAACGCUGAUGGAGACCCACAGCCCAUGAUUUCCUGGGUGACACCUCGAAGGCGUUUUAUCACCACCAAGUCCAACGGAAGGGCCACUGUGUUGGGUGAUGGCACCUUGGAAAUCCGUUUUGCCCAGGAUCAAGACAGUGGGAUGUAUGUUUGCAUCGCGAGCAACGCUGCUGGGAAUGAUACCUUCACAGCAUCUCUCACUGUGAAGGGAUUCACGUCAGACCGCUUCCUUUACGCAAACAGGACCCCUAUGUACAUGACGGACUCCAACGACACCGUUUCCAACGGCACUAACGCCAAUACUUUCUCCCUGGACCUUAAAACAAUACUGGUAUCUACAGCCAUGGGCUGUUUCACAUUCCUGGGAGUGGUUUUAUUUUGUUUUCUCCUUCUUUUUGUGUGGAGCCGAGGGAAAGGCAAGCACAAAAACAGCAUUGACCUUGAGUAUGUGCCCCGAAAAAACAAUGGUGCUGUUGUGGAAGGGGAGGUGGCUGGACCCAGGAGGUUCAACAUGAAAAUGAUCUAAGGGCCCACCACACACUACUGUCUCUGUGGUACUGUUGGUUGUGAGAGUGAGACGUCUGAUAGAGUGAAUCGAUCACAAGGUUAUCGGGCAGCUUCCCGCAGCUGCCCUCUGUGUCAAAGCAGGGUCCAUGGAAGCAGGAAGACUUCUCAUGGAGACUGGCUGAUGAGAGGCAGGCAGGCAUGUGUCAGAGCCCUUCACACAGUGGGAUACUAAUUGUUUGCAUUGCAAAUAUUGGCAUUCUGGGGAUCUCAGUAAUGAACCUGAACCUUUGGCUCAUGCUGAUGGACAAUGAUCCAACAUUUUCUACCACUGCAAAA